CUGUUUUGUGUUGCGCUAAAAUAUAAAUUUUUAUGCAUAGGGCCAGAAAAACAUUAAAAUAAAACACAACAGAGGUUUGAUCCCUACAUUAGCUCUGCUGCUAAUUAGUAAUUAAAUAUGUAAUAAAGGGAAAACCUAAAACAAAAUCCAAUUUUAAUUGAGGCUCAGAUAGAAAAUGUAGUCACAGGUAUCACCUUAUUUGAUGCCUAGAUUAAACUAAAUCCAACCAUGAUUUGAAUGGCUGUCAGAGCAGACCCAUUUGGGGUGAGAAUCCUUUUAAACUGUGAGGGCGCGAUGAGAAGCGAGAUGGUAGUUUUUACUCCUAAUCCAAAGCAGUGACCUUUGCUAAAUAUCAUGCUAUCAGCAUUAACACUUGCAAAAUUAAAGAUUACAUUUAAAACGCAGCUGCUCUUCAUCUAUUUUCUGACCCAAAAUAGUCAGUUUGUGUAAAUGCCACUGAGGUAUUCCACCACUUUAACUGGAGUUUCAAAGAGAAGCCGAUGCAUUGUGAGAAGCAGUUCCUGGUUUAGAAGCCAGCAGAGGCCAAACAGAAGUUUUUACCUUUACAGGCUACUAUAGUUUCUGUGAACAACAAAUCCCUGAAGAUCGUGUCUGGAAUUACUUCCUUUGUUUCUGUAAUACAAAUACAUCUUUGGCUUUGAGGGAUUUUCUCCCAUCUGUUUUCUCACAUCUGGUUCUCUUUUAUUUCCAGGAGACACUCAAGAUUAGGCAGAAACACCUUCUUAAAGAUGGUAGGAAUUGGCUUUUAGUACAAUGUGUUUUUCCAGAUCGCUGCUGCUUUUAUGUUCCAUUCAGGUACAUGUGACUUUGAGGUUUUCAUGUUUGUAAAAAUUCAAUCUCACUGUGGUUUGAAGCUUGUUUUUGUUGUGCUCAUGCGGAGAACUGGAGCUCAACACUUGUGACACUGGAAGUUGAAACACAUGAGAUGUGUGGCAGGAAAUGUGAUGAACUCGUGUGUCAACAAAGACGCAUGUCAUGAGCUGGGAACUUCCUCUCGGCCGCAGCGGUCGCCCCAGUGAAGUCCCCCUUAAUAUCUCUAUGUUUUCAUCCUUUUUUUGGCUCUGUCCUGAAAGGAGUCACAAACUGCUGCACUGAACUUCAAGCAUCAAAGGAAACCAGAGAAUCAUGCAUUACUAGCUGUUCAUCUGAUAAUCAGAACCUUUUUGAAAUAUGGGUUUCCCUUUCAGUUUGACACAAAUGACUCAGCGAUCACCCUGGAAACAGUAAACAGCUGAUUAAAUUGAGAUUACUUUUGUUCAAGCAUACCUAGAUUAGAUUUUACAUUUCAAAUCUGCCUCUUGACUUUUCACCCAGUGAAGGCUGUAAAUUUUUCUUUGGAUUGAAUUGUUUUCCACUGAGUCUAUGUUGGAUGACUCUAUUUGAUGAUGUUUGUAUUUUUUCUACUUUAAGCACUCGAUUUUGUUUUAUUUCUCAUAUUUUUAUUCAUUUCAUCUUCAGCACUGCCUUGGCUUAUGCAAAAGCAAACAUAAUUAACCCAUUUUUGGCUGAUUUGUUAAAGAAUCUGUGAUAAAUAUUGUAAACACCUCCCAGUUAGAGCUGUUGGUCACAUUAUGACAAUGUUAUGUAAACAGGAUGGUUAGUUUGAUGGGAGGGGAGACGACAGAUACAAACUUUGUUCCUUGUCUCCUUGUGACAUAUGAGGUGCAUCCUGCAGAGAAGACACCACAAUGACUGAUCUGAACCCACCUUCCUUCUCACUUGACUUCAGUUCUGCUUAUGAAGAACUGAACUUUACGUACAACUACACAGAUUUUAUCCCAAACCCGGCCACGCAGCCCUGCGACACCUACAGCUUUCCCGACACUGUGACGCUGGUUGUCUGUGUGUUUUAUGUCUCCAUCUUCCUGUUGGCCAUUCCUGGGAAUCUGGUGGUGGGGUUGGUGAUCGGCCUGAGCAAGCAGCCACUGACCCCCUCUGACCUCUACCUCCUCCACCUGGCGGUUGCAGACCUCCUGUUGGCCAUCACCCUUCCUUUCUGGGCCACCUCUGUGACGCAGGGCUGGGUGUUUGGGGAUGCCAUGUGUAAAAUUGUCACCGUCCUGCAGGAACUGAGUUUCUACUCGAGCAUUCUGUUCCUGACCUGCAUCAGCAUGGACCGCUACAUGGUGAUAGUGCGGGCGAUAGAGGCCCGCAGGGCUAACCGGCAGGUGUUCAGCUGGGCUGUCUGUGCUGGGGUCUGGGUGGUUGGGGGUCUGCUCUCCCUGCCGGGGUUCUUCAGCUCUUCUUUUCCUUCCCAAAACUCCACUCACAUAUGUGCUGUACAGUACAACCCUGAAAGCGCUGAUGAGUGGAGGCUGGCCACCAGAGUUCUCCGCCACGCUCUGGGGUUCAUCAUCCCCCUGGCCAUCAUGCUGCCCUGUUAUGGAGUAACCAUCCAGCGCCUCCUUCACAUCCGCGGGGGCUUUCAGCGGCAGCGAGCAAUGAGAGUGAUUGUGUGUGUGGUCGUUGCCUUCCUGCUUUGCUGGACGCCGUACCACAUCGCAGUGAUGGCAGACACGUUUUUCAGGCUGAAGUUUGUGUACUACGGAUGCCAGGAGAGGAUGGCGGUAGAUCAGGCCAUGUUUGCCACACAGAGUCUGGGGCUGCUGCACAGCUGUGUGAACCCAGUGCUGUAUGCGUUUGUGGGAGAAAAGUUCAGGAGGAAGCUGCAGCAGAAAAUGAGAAAGAUGGGCAUCAUGGAGAGAGUGUCGGUCUCAAGGAUCAGCAGGUCUUCAAUAUCAUCAGAAAUCACUUCCACAGUCAUGUGAAAACAGCUUUUUAUUCAGACACAUCAGUCCGAAGAUGCUGGAGUCCUUAACUUCUAUUAUUUGAUGAACUUUGAAAGAGCUGUAUAUUUUUUUUUACUUUCAGCUGCCUUUAAAAUGUAUUUACCUUUUAUAAAUAUUUUCUUAUGUAUUGAUCUAGAUUUCGUCUUAUUUAUAUGGGUUUAAAGCUUUUGUACACCAGGGAGAGGCCUCCUUAAGUUAAGUUGGGAACAUUUUUGUUGCCUAUUUUUUCAUGCAGAAUUGUGUAGCUGAGGAAAGGGGGGAAAAAAACAUAUGGUGCCAAAAUUCAGGGUAAGUUGUGAAAAUAUUUCAUAACUCUCAUGCAGUGUCACAAUGUUGCUGUAAAAAAAGGAGAAAAUGCAAAGAACACCAUCAGAUGCAGAAGUAAACUAAAAUUUGUUGCUAGAUGUUGAAAGAGCAGGUGGUCUCAGAUGACUACAGAAGAUAGAUAUUUUUUACAGAAAUUUUUUUUUUACAAAAAAAUAAAUUGUAUAAACAGAAAAAUGUCCUUUAUUGAAAAUAUAUUGAGCUGUCUGUUAUUAUUAAAUACUUUUAGUUGAAGUCAGCUUGUUGUACUGCACAUAUUAAAGACUUGAAUUGAAAAUUUGUAUUACUAAAAGUCCUCAUUAAAGUUGGAAACAAGUACUCA